AUGGAGCUUGUCUGUCCAUUGACAACCAGCGCUGUAGCUCCAGAGGCCAGUGAAAUGGUUGUUCCAGAUGUGACUAUUGAACCGCCAGCACUGAGCAAAAUUGACCCAAUUAGAUACGCAGUCGCAGUCCCAGGCAAUGGUCUGAACGUCACAUCGCCUAUUGUCAGGGGUGGCGCACUGACAUGCGAGGGAACGGCGUCAAUCAGUGUCGAUGUCACGUCGUUUAUCACAACGAAAGAGGCAGAUGAUGCUAGUGACAACGUAGUGCCAGAGACUGUUAUUGCUGGACCUCCAGGAAUCAGAGUCUUGUCAGCAACUACAAAUACUGGCUCUGAAGGCUUCUGGAGGGCACUGAAUACCUCGUUACCAAUGGUGAUGGCGGGUGGUGACGAGGCUGCCCCAGUCUGGGCUUUUAUGGUCGAGGACCCCCCAUUGACAACCAACACACUUCCAGAAGGGUCCAAAGAAAGUGUAGUUCCAGAGAGAGUCACAGCUGCUCCGCCAGGAAGUAACGUCUGUUCAGAUACAACAAAUGUAGGGGCUGUGUCAGGCCUGACUUGA